AUGUACAUUCGAUUAUGUGCCUCUCACAUUCAGAUAAGAAGGCGUGGCCGUGCCGUUUUACGGAGAUUUUGGGCUGAGAUAAGAGUGCUGGCGAAGGUGAAAAGCAAAAGCAGACAACAGCAUGGGGCAAGGUACACGGUACCCCAACAAUGGCGUCAGGUCGACGACGGGGCUGACGAAAGGCAUCUCGGACAACUCUCCAGCACGGUGCUAUUCGAAUGCGGGGCCAUCCCCGAUGGUCUUUUCAACGGGAGAAAAGUGUUCGCAAUGGGUUGCUUGAAGGCUACUCAUAUGAGGAAGGCCCUCUGGCUGCUGGUGCUCGAGUACAAGAAGGGAGAAGAGGAAUAG